CUCUUCACAAUCACAACUCCAUUUUCACUCUUCUUUUUGUUCUUCAAUUUUUUUUUCAACUCCCAUCAACCGUUUUCUCUCUUUUUAUUUUUCUCUUAAUAUAUAAAUAUGGUUGUAACUUAUUCUUCAUCAACUCCUUCCCUUGUUCAAAAAAAAAUUUCUAAAAUGGAGUUGAAAUCUUUAGCUAAUAGAAACAAGGGUAAACGACAUGUUGUUGAGGAUGAUGACUCUAAUUUUGCUCCAUUGUCGAAACGUGGGCGAGCUCUUCCAAAGAAGAAAUCAAAGGUGGCAGCCCAUGAAAAAAUUCCUCAAGAUGAUGCUAAAAAAAAUGAUCAAGAUGGAGUUGGUCUUCAGUAUAAGUUGUUUUGCGGUUUUGAAACGAUCAAGGUAUGUCAGCUUCAUUGUUCGCUCCGUGCAGCUAAAGGUUUAGUGCAUGUGGUAUUUUUGUAAAUAUUUGUAUGUGGACUGUAUAAAUGUUUAAUGGGCCGGCCCAUAGUAUUUUUGUAAUUUUUUUUCCUUUUUUGUAUUUUUCU